AUGAACAACGAUAUCGAGCAAGUGGUUAGCUCGUGUUCCACAUGCCAAUUACAUCUUUGGAGUCAACAGCCUGAACCCCUUGUCCAUUCCACGUCCUCCCAACCAUUUGAGUCCGUUUCCGUGGAUCUCUUUGAGAGUGCUUGUGCACAUUAUCUCAUCAUGGUCCAUCGGUUCUUGGGAUGGCCCUGCAUCUCCCGCUUGGGCCGGAUGGGCACCAGGGCCGUCACAGACAUCCUACGGGAUUGGUUUGUGGAUUAUGGCGUUCCCCAAAUCAUUCGCUCCGAUGGAGGCCCUCAAUUUCGAUCAGAAUUUCAAGAUUUCUGCCGUGAUAUGCAUAUCACUCAUCAAUUAUCCUCCGCCUAUCACCCAGCCUCAAAUGGUCACGCCGAAUCCGCGGUCAAGUCAAUGAAGAUGCUGCUCCAAAAAUAUGAGAAUAAUUGGCGUUAUUUCCGGCAAUCUCUUCUCGAAUGGAGAAACGUGCCCCGUGCAGAUGGCCUCAGCCCGGCCCAAUGGCUCUUUGGCCGCCGACUUCGUACGCAGGUUCCCGGCCAUCCCGCCUCUUAUGAUUGCCUUUCCGAUGGCGAUUUUCUGGCGGCCCUUUCGAAACGCAAUGUGGACAAGGGAAAGGUCCAGGAUAACUUUAAUGCCCGUUCUUCUGUUCUCACGCCACUUUCUCCCAACACCAACGUGCUCGUUCAGGAUCCCCAUUCCAAGAAAUGGAAUCAAUCCGCCACCGUCAUCCGGGUCCGUGAGAAUGGACAAUCAUACCUUUCAUACCUUCUAUGA